AUGCACCUAAAAUUAGAAAUCGAAGUAGUAGUCGUUGUAGUCGUUAUAGAAGUUGUUGUUGUAGUAGUAGUAGUAGUUGUUGUAGUCGUAGUAGUAGUUGUUGUAGUCGUUGUAGUUGUUGUUGUAGUCGUAGUAGUAGUUGUUGCAGUCGUAGUAGUAGUUGUAGUAGUUGUUGUAGUCGUUGUAGUAGUUGUUGUAGUCGUACUAGUAGUUGUUGUAGUCGUAGUAGUAGUUGUUGUAGUCGUUGUAGUAGUUGUUGUAGUCGUAGUAGUAGUUGUUGUAGUCGUAGUAGUAGUUGGUGAUGUAGUCGUAGUAGUUGUUGUAGUAGUAGUCGUAGUAGUAGUUGUUGUUUUAGUAGUAGUAGUAGUUGUUGUUGUCGUAGUAGUAGUUGUUGUAGUCGUUGUAGUAGUUGUUGUAGUCGUAGUAGUAGUUGUUGUAGUCGUUGUAGUAGUUGUUGUAGUCGUUGUAGUAGUUGUUGUAGUCGUAGUAGUAGUAGUUGUUGUAGUCGUAGUAGUAGUUGUUGUUGUAGUCGUAGUAGUUGUUGUAGUAGUAGUCGUAGUAGUAGUUGUUGUAGUCGUUGUAGUAGUUGUUGUAGUCGUAGUAGUAGUUGUUGUAGUCGUUGUAGUAGUUGUUGUAGUCGUAGUAGUAGUUGUUGUAGUCGUAGUAGUAGUUGGUGAUGUAGUCGUAGUAGUUGUUGUAGUAGUAGUCGUAGUAGUAGUUGUUGUUUUAGUAGUAGUAGUAGUUGUUGUUGUCGUAGUAGUAGUUGUUGUAGUCGUUGUAGUAGUUGUUGUAGUCGUAGUAGUAGUUGUUGUAGUCGUAGUAGUAGUUGUUGUAGUCGUUGUAGUAGUUGUUGUAGUCGUUGUAGUAGUUGUUGUAGUCGUAGUAGUAGUAGUUGUUGUAGUCGUAGUAGUAGUUGUUGUUGUAGUCGUAGUAGUAGUUGUUGUAGUCGUAGUAGUAGUUGUUGUAGUCGUAGUAGUAGUUGUUGUAGUCGUAGUAGUAGUAGUUGUUGUAGUCGUAGUAGUAGUUGUUGUAGUCGUAGUAGUAGUUGUUGUUGUAGUAGUAGUAGUUGUUGUUGUAGUAGUAGUAGUAGUUGUUGUUGUCGUAUUAGUAGUUGUUGUAGUAGUAGUCGUAGUAGUAGUUGUUGUAGUCGUUAUAGUAGUUGUAGUCAUAGUAGUAGUUGUUGUUGUAGUCGUAGUAGUAGUUGUUGUUGUCGUAUUAGUAGUUGUUGUAUUAGUAGUAGUUGUUGUAGUCGUAGUAGUAGUUGUUGUAGUCGUAGUAGUAGUUGUUGUAGUCGUAGUAGUAGUAGUUGUUGUAGUCGUAGUAGUAGUUGUUGUAGUCGUAGUAGUAGUUGUUGUUGUAGUAGUAGUAGUUGUUGUUGUAGUAGUAGUAGUAGUUGUUGUUGUCGUAUUAGUAGUUGUUGUAGUAGUAGUCGUAGUAGUAGUUGUUGUAGUCGUUAUAGUAGUUGUAGUCAUAGUAGUAGUUGUUGUAGUCGUUAUAGUAGUUGUAGUCGUAGUAGUAGUUGUUGUAGUCGUUAUAGUAGUUGUAGUCAUAGUAGUAGUUGUUGUAGUCGUUAUAGUAGUUGUAGUCAUAGUAGUAGUUGUUGUUGUAGUCGUAGUAGUAGUUGCUGUUGUCGUAUUAGUAGUUGUUGUAGUCGUUAUAGUAGUUGUAGUCGUAGUAGUAGUUGUUGUAGUCGUUAUAGUAGUUGUAGUCAUAGUAGUAGUUGUUGUUGUAGUCGUAGUAGUAGUUGUUGUUGUCGUAUUAGUAGUUGUUGUAUUAGUAGUAGUUGUUGUAGUCGUAGUAGUAGUUGUUGUUGUCGUAUUAGUAGUUGUUGUAGUAGUAGUAGUUGUUGUUGUAGUCGUAGUAGUAGUUGUUGUUGUCGUUUAG